AGUGCGGAGCCUUAGGCGGUGCGAAGAGAACCGGUCGCGGCAAUCCUACGGGGGAGCAGCAGCAGCAGUACCCGCAUCCGCUGCGGGAGUCCAAGCCGGAACCACACCCACGUAGCUGACCUUUCCUCUUCUGUCAUCUCACCACCCCACUACCGCGUUCCCCGAGGAAGCCGGCCGCCCACGCCUGGAGCAUCCUCCCCCGUUGAGCGGGCGCUGACGGACCCGGCGGCAUGAUGCGGCUGCGAGGCUCAGCGAUGCUGCGGGACUUGCUCCUGCGGUCGCCCGCCGGCAUGAGCGCGACUCUGCGGCGGGCACAGCCCCUGGUCACCCUGUGCCGGCGUCCCCGAGGCGGGGGACGGCCGGCCGCGGGCCCGGCUGCCGCCGCGCGACUCCACCCGUGGUGGGGCGGGGGCGGCUGGCCGGCGGAGCCCUUCGCGCGGGGCCUGUCCAGCUCUCCCUCGGAGAUCUUGCAGGAGCUGGGCAAGGGAAGCACGCAUCCGCAGCCCGGUGUGUCGCCACCCGCUGCCCCGGCGGCGCCCGGCCCCAAGGACGGCCCCGGGGAGACGGACGCGUUUGGCAACAGCGAGGGCAAAGAGCUGGUGGCCUCAGGUGAAAAUAAAAUAAAACAGGGUCUGUUACCUAGCUUGGAAGAUUUGCUGUUCUAUACAAUUGCAGAAGGACAAGAGAAAAUACCUGUUCAUAAAUUUAUUACAGCACUCAAAUCUACAGGAUUGCGAACAUCUGAUCCCAGGUUGAAAGAGUGUAUGGAUAUGUUAAGAUUAACUCUUCAAACAACAUCAGAUGGUGUCAUGCUAGACAAAGAUCUUUUUAAAAAAUGUGUUCAGAGCAACAUUGUUUUGUUGACACAAGCCUUUAGAAGAAAGUUUGUCAUUCCUGACUUUAUGUCUUUUACCUCACACAUUGAUGAGUUAUACGAAAGUGCUAAAAAGCAGUCUGGAGGAAAGGUUGCAGAUUAUAUUCCUCAACUGGCCAAAUUCAGUCCCGAUUUGUGGGGUGUGUCUGUUUGUACAGUAGAUGGACAGAGGCAUUCUAUUGGAGAUACCAAAGUUCCCUUCUGUCUUCAGUCCUGUGUAAAACCUUUGAAAUAUGCCAUUGCUGUUAAUGAUCUUGGAACUGAAUAUGUGCAUCGAUAUGUUGGAAAAGAGCCGAGUGGACUAAGAUUCAACAAACUAUUUUUGAAUGAAGAUGAUAAACCACAUAAUCCUAUGGUAAAUGCUGGAGCAAUUGUUGUGACUUCACUAAUAAAGCAAGGAGUAAAUAAUGCUGAAAAAUUUGACUAUGUCAUGCAGUUUUUAAAUAAGAUGGCUGGUAAUGAAUAUGUUGGAUUCAGUAAUGCAACGUUUCAGUCUGAAAGAGAAAGUGGAGAUCGAAAUUUUGCAAUAGGAUAUUACUUAAAAGAAAAGAAGUGUUUUCCAGAAGGCACAGACAUGGUUGGUAUAUUAGACUUCUACUUCCAGCUGUGCUCCAUUGAAGUGACUUGUGAAUCAGCCAGUGUGCUGGCGGCAACACUGGCUAAUGGUGGUUUCUGCCCAAUUACUGGUGAAAGAGUACUGAGCCCUGAAGCAGUUCGAAAUACAUUGAGUUUGAUGCAUUCCUGUGGCAUGUAUGACUUCUCAGGGCAGUUUGCUUUCCAUGUUGGUCUUCCUGCAAAAUCUGGAGUCGCUGGGGGCAUUCUUUUAGUUGUCCCCAAUGUUAUGGGUAUGAUGUGCUGGUCUCCGCCUCUGGAUAAGAUGGGCAACAGUGUUAAGGGAAUUCACUUUUGUCACGAUCUUGUUUCUCUGUGUAAUUUCCAUAACUAUGAUAAUUUGAGACACUUUGCAAAAAAACUUGAUCCUCGAAGAGAAGGUGGUGAUCAAAGGGUAAAGUCAGUGAUAAAUCUUUUGUUUGCUGCAUAUACUGGAGAUGUGUCUGCACUUCGAAGAUUUGCUUUGUCAGCUAUGGACAUGGAACAGCGGGACUAUGAUUCUAGAACAGCACUCCAUGUAGCUGCUGCAGAGGGUCACGUUGAAGUUGUUAAAUUUUUGCUGGAAGCCUGCAAAGUAAACCCUUUCCCCAAGGACAGGUGGAAUAACACUCCCAUGGAUGAAGCACUGCACUUUGGACACCAUGAUGUAUUUAAAAUUCUCCAAGAAUACCAAGUCCAGUACACACCUCAAGGAGAUUCUGACAACGGGAAGGAAAAUCAAACCGUCCAUAAGAAUCUUGAUGGAUUGUUGUAAUGGUCUCAAAUCCCAAGAUUUAAAUCACUUACCUAUUUAAUUGUGGAAAAUUAUUAUGAAGAACGUGUGUAUUUCUAUCUGGUAGUGAUGUAUAUUUUACAUUUGUCAUUUCAGUGUUACUGGAGUUUUCUUCAUUGUGCACACAGGACAAAUCUGAUCUCUUUGGGAAAAAAUAGAAAUAAAACAAUCUCCCUCCAUAAUGUGAGCAAUAUUACCACGUGCAUUGUAUAAUUUGAUGUAAAAGAAAUAAUAGUUACCAAUGCUAGCUUAAUUGUGUGGUCUUCCAUGAUUUGUGUUUUAUGAAUUUUCAAUUUAUGGUGAUGAUCUGCUGAUAUGCAUUUAUAAAUUAAGCUGUGUUGUACAGUCUGUCCAAAUGGGUCAAGGUUGCCUUUAGAAGCAAAUAGUGUGAUUUUCAAGACUUCAAAUACAAAUUUAGUUUGAGUGUUUGAACAACUGUAUGCACUUAUGGUUGUGUUUAAAGUGUCUCUCUCUCACCCUAGCUUCACAAUGUGACUCUUAAAAAAACUAUAAUAGUUAACAACUGUUAGUAAGAUAGACCAACUCUGAUUAGACUUUAUCAGGGAAUCUGUUUAAGAUAUGUUUGGUGACCAAAACAUAUGUGUGAAUGUAGUUAUAAUACUUUUGAAAAAUUUUCCUUUUUCUAUAUCCCCUUAGUCCAGCCUCUCUUCUCAGACAUUUAGCUAUCUGCCUCUUUCCUUUAGCUGGGAAAGUGAGAGCUGGCAUACUAUGCAGUUUUUAUGUUUUCCAUAGUAAGUCAGAAAAUGCCUCCUAUUUCUGGCAUCAGAACUUUGCCAUUUGUCUACAGAAGAUGAACCAGAGACAAAAUUACUAAGUAUAAAUUAGUCAAGUUUAUCAGUCUAAAAAACGAAGGGAUGUGCAACUGCAGCUCUUUAAAGAGAUUUUUCUUUAGCUUCUAGGGUAAAGAUAAAUUCAGAAAUGCUCUAAGCUACCAAAGUUAUUCUGAAAGUAUGGGAACUGCUACAUCUAACAUUUGUUUCCAAGCCUGUCAUUAAGAGUCUGCAUCAAGAGAUUUGUCCUCCUUGGGGGACCACUGGAUCAUUACAGAUUUCUUGUGAUUUUCUAUUGUGUAAUUCUUGGUGGGCUCUGUAGUUUAAUAAUAAGAAAAAGGCCAUUUCAUUUUAAAUUGUGACGUAUAAUUUCUUUGUCUUAGGUUGGUAAUUCACGAUUCAUUUGGAAAGUGGGUAAAAGGGGCUUCAAAAAACUGAUAGAACAGGAUUUUCUAGGAGUUACACCAUACAUUUUAUCCUGUCAUACCUCGAGAUAAAGUGGCAUGUUAGUGAGGAUUUCUGAUAUUAAGCACACACACACAUGCACACAAAUGGACUUCUCUGAAGCUGUGUUUAGUGAAAUGAGCUCAAGUACAUGAAUGUUAGUUGUUAUCACAUACAGCAAAUUCCUUUUUCUUUUUCUAUGAGCACACACUGCUGCUUCUAAACUUUACCAUGCCUGAUGGCACCUUACUCCAGCAGCCUCCAGGUGCUUUCAUUUUCACUUCCAGUCUAAGCCAGUGGCUCCAGCCACUGCCCUCCCAUUACCUAGAUGGCACCUCCUUUGGUGAAACCACGGCCAAUGUUCCUUAGCUGCACCAGGCCCCGAAGCUGUUCCCAUGCUUGAGCUUCCAUGGGGAGGAUGAUGAGUGAGCAGUUUCCUACCCCAUGGAUCUAUCAAGCCAUGGAGACAGGUAGCAUUUGUAAGAUGCUGCACAGGAGCAGCAUUAUCCCCAAAGAUAUUACAGGGUAGACACGUUUUAAUUGAAAUCAAUCAAGAUAACUUUGCUCAAAGAGCAGCCCGCUUUGUGUGACUAAAAUGAAACAUUAAGACAGUUGAACUGUGUGACUUGAAGAUUACCAAUGAUUUUGAGGCUUUUCUAUAAUAAAAAGAGGUUCUAACCAUUAUUUGGGAACAAAGAGAGUUUUCAUCUUUUUUCAGAUCAAAACCAUUCUGUAAAAUCUUUGUUGUUUAAUUAAAUGUGCCCUUAUUUACCCCAAUGUUAUUUAUGACUAUGUGCCGAUUCCUGCUCGGGCUGUUUGCUGUUGGCUGGUAAUAAUAUAUUUGAUUUAAAUACUGUUGACUGUGCUAUUAACUGCUGCCGUCAGUAAACUCCAAAGAUCUUUUUGUUUUGGCUUUAGUAUCAUAUGUGCUUUUUCUGUAUCAUGAGCGCUCUAUAUGGUCAUGUUAUAUACAUUGUUGUUUUUGCUGGUCUCAUCUUUGGUAAUAUGCUAUACCCCACUGCUGCCCGACACUGCCCUUUAGCUGCAGAGCUGGAUUAGCUAUUGACCAUUUGAUGCUGUUGUCUGUCUGGCAGGGACUGAAUAUGACCUGAUGUCAGAUUUAGAUUCUUCCUGGGGAUUACACAGCUAUGAAUGUAUUUGCUUCUAAAACCUCCCAAAGUGAAUCUAAUCUUAAAACUACAAGUUGUAAGUAUUCUGAAAUUGGGAAACAUUUAUUUUAAAUGCAAUCAGGUAGUGUUGCUUUUUACAGCAUAAUAAAUAUAUGUAUCAAAAAAAA